CUUCUAUGCCGCUUCACCUUCGUUCUCUCUGUUUAUUCCCGUCUCCUUCUGUCCUAUUUAUUGUAUAUUAACAUCAAAGUUAUAACGAAAACAAGGAGAAUGGAAUAUAGAUCUUCACAAAUUUCAGUUUAUUUGAAAGGAUUGCUGAGUUUUAUGUGGACUGGGGCUGCCAUUGGAAUAGCAAUAACAUCAUGUGGUCUAUGGGGAAAAGUAGGUUUUGUAGUAAAGAAGAGAAGAGACUACGUUUUAAAGGUUGCAUACGGUGACAUGCAAGAUGAUAGAAUCAGUCAACUGCCAGAUGAUAUUCUAUCAAUGAUCCUCUCACACUUGGACUUGGUUGAAGCUAUUCGGACUAGAAUUUUGUCAAGAAGGUGGAAGAACAUUUGCAAACUUAGGUCUAGUCUAGACUUUGAUUGCAACAGGAUGUUUGGAGAGAAUGGGCAUCAUCAUAAUGGUAGACAUAGCCAUAAGCUUAGGUUUUUGAAAGCUGUAUAUCACUCUUUACAGCUAUAUUCCAGUCAAAACAUAACUAGGCUCUCUUUGACAUGUUGUUUGGGGAAAAAAUUUGCAGCUGAUUUUAGUAGAUGGAUCCAAUCUGAUGCCUUAAAAGGUGUACGGGAACUUAUGCUCAGUUUCCACUCCUGUAACUGUGUUGAUGAGUGUGGUUUCCCUCUGCCUUUUCAGCUGCUUUUUGAAGCAGCUUCAUUGACCCGCUUGAAAUUGAUGAGUUGUGUUCUGCAAUCAAGUUUCAGAUGCCAUAAUAACUCUCUUCGGUUUCUGACUUUGGUAAAGGUUCCCUUGGAUAAUGGAGAAUUUCCUAUCAUUUUAUCCUCUUGUUUGAACCUUCAGGGGUUGGUAGUGUCGCACUGUAAAGUUCCUCCUAAGUUAGAUAUAUGUGGUCAAUGUCUCCGAUUGAGAUCUUUAUAUAUUGAAUUUUGUCCAGGGUUGGAGGAGAUAGAUAUUUGUGCCGGAAACCUUUAUUUAUUUUCCUGUUAUACUGAUCAAAUUAUUAGAUGCUCACUCCAGUUUGUUCCCAAAUUGGAAGAGUUGUCUCUGAGCUUUAAUGGUAAUGGUACGGUGCCUUGUGUGUUUGGUGAAGUUGCAAAGUCCUGUCCUCGGUUAAAAGAAUUACUUGUCCAAACUAAAACCGAUGAGCUACUAUACAUGCCUGCUAAGAUGAAUACGUUCAGCAACCUUACGAUGUUAGCCUUAUUGAUGACGUUCAAGGUUCAAGCUGAUUUGCAAAAUGUUGCUCAUAUUAUUGAUGCCUGCCCACUUUUAGACCUACUUCAUCUCAUGGCAAGAUCCCCUCGUUACAUUGAACAGAGAGGAGGAACGUGGCCUUGCAGGCAUCAUAGUCACCUUAAAGGAGUGGCAUUUGAUGGUUUUCGUGGAACGAGAUACGAGAUAGAAUUUGCUUCUUAUGUGCUACAAACUGCUGCAGCACUUGAAAAAAUGUGUAUUUAUUCUAAAUAUAGAACUUUUAAUGAACAUUUUAGAUGGCAAGACCAUGUAGAUUAUGUGAUGAAGGAUGAGGGGCGCCGGUUGAUAUACAAACAACUAGUGGGGGAAGCCCUCUCUAGUAAAGUGGAGUUAAUCAUCGAGUGA